AUGGGGCUGGGCACUGGCAAAUCUGUGGCUAUAAGGGCAGUGAUUAUGGCCUUUCUGGUGAUUCCAAUGGAAUGCCAAAGGCCUCAAGUGGUGAACCUCGGUGCUGUUUUCACUUUUGAUUCUGUUAUCGGAAGAGCUGCAAAAAUAGCUCUGGAGGCAGCAGUCUCCGAUGUGAACGCUGACACAAGCCUUCUCAAAGAAACAGAGCUACCGUUUGAAGUGCUUGGGAAAGAAGUGGUGGCUAUAAUAGGUCCAAUAUCAUCCUCCAUCGCUCAUACAUUAUCAGAUAUUGCAAAAGCGCUCAAGUUCCCUCUCGUCUCAUUUGCAGCAACUGAUCCGACACUCUCUGCUCACCAAUUCCCCUUCUUUCUCCGGACUACACCAGAUGAUUCCCACCAGAUGUCCGCCCUUGUGGGUCUCAUCGAUUACCACGGAUGGAAAGAGGUGAUAUCUGUUUACUCAGAUGAUGAGCUCGGAAGAAACGGAGUUUCUGCUCUAGAUGAUGAACUUGACAAGAAAAGACUCAGAAUAUCCUAUAAACUGCCUCUCUCACUACAUUCUGAUGAAAAAUAUGUUGCUGAUGCUUUGAACAAAUCCAAGUCCAUCGGUCCUCGUGUCUACAUUCUUCAUUUUGGUCCUGACCCUUUGCUCAGAAUCUUCAGCGUAGCGCAAAAGCUGCAGAUGAUGAGCAGUGGAUACGUCUGGCUCGCCACAGACUGGCUCUCAGUUUCCUUGGAUUCUUCUUUGAGUGAUAAAGGUACUUUCAGACGUCUUGAAGGAGUUGUGGGGCUUCGUCAACACAUACCAGAAUCCAAAAAGAUUCGUCAGUUUACAAAAACACUGAAGAGCAAGAGUUCAAUGAAUGCCUACGCUUUCCAUGCAUAUGAUACAGUGUGGACGAUUGCAUACGGCAUCGAGAAAAUGCUGAAUGAAGGAGUCAACAUAACAUUCUCUUACUCCAAGAAGUUAACUCAGUCACAAGGAAAUAAACUGCACCUGGAGAAACUCAAAAUUUUCAACAGAGGGGAGGUACUACUUGAGAAACUUCUUAAGGUUGACUUCACUGGUUUAACCGGUCAAGUUCAGUUUGGUUCUGGUCGAAAUGCCACUGGCUGUGACUAUGAAAUCAUCAAUGUAGACAAAACUGGUGUUCACACUGUGGGUUUCUGGUCAAAAUAUGGUGAUUCCAGACAAACACAAAAGAAGAAUGGCUUUGUUUCUGAUCAAAAACUUGGUAACAUAACCUGGCCUGGUGGUGGCCGUGAAAAGCCACGUGGAUGGGUCAUUGAUUCCGCAAAUCCAUUGAAGAUUGUUGUCCCUAAAAGAGUGAGUUUUGUCGAGUUUGUGACUGAAGACAAGAACAGUAGUAGCCACCAUAUUCAAGGCUUAUGCAUUGACAUUUUCAUUGAAGCAUUGAAGUUCAUCCCUUACAAUGUUCCUUACAAGUUUGUGUCAUUUGGGGAUGGCCAUUCAAGUCCUAAUUACAGCAAGAUUAUUCAAAUGGUAUCAGAUGGUGUAUAUGAUGCAGCUGUUGGGGAUAUUACAAUAGUCCCAACCAGGUCCAAACUAGUAGAUUUCUCGCAGCCAUAUGCUUCCACAGGCCUUGUGGUGGUGAUUCCUAAUGGCCACAAUGGGACUUGGAUCUUUCUGAGACCAUUCACCACACAGUUAUGGUGCGUUUUUCUAGCUUCAUUCCUCUGUAUUUCCGUUGUCAUCUGGAUCCUCGAACAUCGCAUCAACGAAGAUUUCAGAGGGCCACCACGAAGACAAAUCAUCACAGUGAUCUUUUUCAGCUUCUCCACUCUCUUUAAGAGAAACCAUGAAGAUACAAUAAGCAAUCUAGCGAGACUAGUGAUGAUUGUAUGGCUCUUCCUAUUGAUGGUUCUAACGGCGAGCUACAAAGCGGAAGUCACAUCAAUCCUCACAGUUCAACAGCUUCCUUCUCCCAUUACCGGCAUUGACAGCUUGCGAGCAAGUGAAGUGCCUAUCGGUUACCAGUCUGGGACAUUCACUUUCGAGUACUUAACCUACGGUCUUGGCAUUGGUCGGUCUAGACUGGUCGCACUUGACUCGCCUGAGGAUUAUGAAAGGGCUCUAAAGCUAGGACCAACCACUUUGGGAGGCGUAGCUGCCAUUGUUGACGAGCUCCCUUACAUUCAACUGUUUCUAGCUGAACGGACUGGUUUCAAGAUUGUUGGAGAGCCGUUUAUGAACCGUGGUUGGGGAUUUGCGUUUAAGAGAGAUUCUCCACUGGCUAUAGACAUGUCAACAGCGAUCUUGAAACUCUCUGAGAAGAGAAAACAGCAAAACAUUGGGAAGAAAUGGCUAUGCAAGACGAGUUGUCUAGAGAAAUCAGAUUGGAAACCAGAGCCAAACCAGCUUCGUCUCAGGAGCUUCAAAGAAUUGUACCUUUUCUGCAUUGCAAUCACUGUCUCUGCGUUGUUGGUGUUUGUUCUCAGGAUUAUACGCCAGUUCGUGCGGUACAGACGGAUGGAGAGGACAAGAUUGACGCCACGAGCUUGGUUAUGGGGGUUGAUGUUUGAUUUCAUGGAGUUUGUGGAUGAGAAAGAAGAAGCUAUCAUGAGAAUGUUCAGAAGAAGUGAUGACUCUAACAACAACCCAUCUCAUGUUGUGGAACUUCAAGAUGAUUCUGAGGUAAGACAAAGUUGA